GAUUUAAUUGUUUAAAAAUGUCUAAAUUGACAAAACAAUUGUAUAUGUUUAAGCCAUUUGUUCUGCAAGAACAUACACCUAAAUAUGAUGAUGAUGAAGAACCAGAAGGAAGAUGCGGAAGUAAAAUAUAUUGUAAGGGCCAUAAUCUUUAUAUUUACCGUGGAAGUGAUCCAACGAUCCUCGAUGUUCAAGAACUAGAAGAUGGCGUAAUUCGUCUUGUCACAAAGCCUGAAUUUCGUGACAUGUGGGUAUUUAAUUUACUAUCAAGAGAAUGGGCGUACAUUGACAUUGAAUUUCAAUUACCAGUUUGGCAGCAUAAUGAGAUUGGUGUAAUCUUCGAAGGGAAUUUGCUAACCAUUUGCACUAUGCGACUACCUUAUUCUGAUAAACUUACAGACUUAUAUAUUUUUAAUAUUCUCAAUGAACAUAUGAUCAAUCAGCCUCUUCAAGGAGAGGUACCUACAUAUCCUUCGGGAUGUAAUGUCAUUCGCAAUGGAGAAUAUUAUUAUUUGGUUGGAGAUGUUGAUGAUGAAAACAAUCGUGUUGGCAACGUCUACAGGAUAAAUAUGAAGAGUGGAAUUUGGGAAUGUGUCUAUAAAUGUCAAGGAAAAUAUAAAAAUGAACUUUGGAAAUGUAUUCCUUAUUACCUAGCUUUUGAUGGAAAAACGAUUUUUACUUUUUUUUCUCUUGAUGAUGAUGAUGAUGAUGAGCAUGAGGAUAAUUUCACUCCAUAUUCUUUUUUGAAUCUUGCAGCUUUUGAUGUACAUAAUCGUCGAUGGAGAAUGAUCAAUACUCAUGGAGAUGUUGAUCACGUACCUAAUUAUCCAAUGGAUAGAGACGGACCUAACGGAGCUUGUUUUCAAAUUACGCACUACCGAAACUCUGACAAUGAUUUUAUAGUUAUUUUAUCAGGACAAUUUGGUCAUAAAGAUUAUUACAAUGAUUUAUGGACAUUAAACCUCAGUACCAUGACAUGGAAGAACAUUGACAAUCGUGAACGUUUAAUACCACGAACGUUUAAAAGAUACUCAAUGACUGUGUCCCCGGCUGGCCAACUAUUUACAUUCGGUGGAUUCAUCGGUGAACCGAAAGAUAAAGUUCCCUGUGGCUCUCGUGUUCACUCAGUUUGGAUUACUAUUCCAAAACUCAUAGACAUUUGUUGGGAGUCUGUUCUUCACUAUUUGCCGGGCUUAGUUUCAAUGUCUCAAGAACAAAUUGAAAAUCUCGGUAUUUCAUGGAAAUUUUUCCAAUCGAGAAUUAACUAAUAAUUAAGUAUUUUUUUUGCGUAGCCUUUUUUUAAUUAAUUAUUCAGUUUUUUAUGUAUACGCUUAAGUAUAGGAUCUUAUCACUAUACAUCGAAAGUGUAAAUGUUUAUUCAUUUAACGUUUGUAUUUCAAAUAAGUUUAUAAUAAUCAAAAAUAUAAUUGGUUUGUCUCUUGAUUUCAUAGUAAUCAUAACAUUUAACAGUUUUAGUUUUAAAAAAAGUG